AUGCCUGGCCCUACAACCACAAAGAAAUACACAAAUGCGUUAAGAACAUCCUCCGCUUCAUAUGUGGCGGCACAUCAUCCUCUUAAUGUGCGUCCAUUGGGAAAUCUGUUGUUCGAAAAGGCACCUGAGGGACUCUCAAAGGAACAGCAGCUAGGAGACUUUGCAAGCUUCCCAGAGGAGCUUUUAAUGACUAUACUAUCGAACGUCGAUGAUCCAAUCGCUUUGAAGGCUCUUUCACAUACAUCUAGGGUACUCUAUGCUUACUGUUACGAGGAAGACUUGUGGAAACAAUUAUACAUCAGUAAGCUACUACAGCUGGAACAGAAUGGCCAAAAGCUCCCGGAAUUGACAUGGAGAGGAUCGUGGAGACUGAGUGUGCUACAGUUGGACCCCAAGGCUCUGGCUGAUUUACAAUUGGCCGAUAACUUGGUUUGUUCGGACAUUCUUUUCAGACCAUUCCAGUGUUCUCAAGUAAAUUAUGACAAGUUGUUUGAUAAAGUGAUCCGUGAGGAGGAAGUUUAUCAUCUUGACUCUUUAUCUUCUCAAUUUCCACUCGACAAGUCGCUCCCUCAUGGCAGAAUCCCUAGACUUCCUGAGGCCUAUUUAACUGAAAGCAUCUUCAGCUCUCAAUGGAGCAGCAAACCAUUCAUUCUCACCAAUCCGGACAAACAGAGAUGGCCACGUUGGGACAUGCAAUCACUUUUGUCUCGCUUUGGUGGUGUCAAGUUUCGGCAAGAGGCUGUUCAAUGGCCUCUUUCGUUGUUCUCCCAGUACUUGCAAAAUAACAAAGAUGAGAGCCCACUAUAUCUAUUUGACUGCAACAGUGAAGCCAUGAAGACUUUGCGCAAAGAAUAUACCGCAGCAAACAUCUUCAAGCGUGACCUUUUCACCCUAUUCGAGGACUGUCGCCCAGAUCACGCCUGGCUCAUCAUAGGCUCGCAAAGAUCCGGUUCAACCUUUCAUAAGGACCCGAAUAAUACAUCUGCAUGGAACACAGCCCUUAGCGGUCGCAAGCUCUGGGUUAUGUUUCCUCCAGACGUUAUUCCGCCGGGUGUCUCCACUGAUGAAGAAGAAAGUGAGGUCACCAGUCCUGUCGGUCUUGCUGAGUGGGUACUCUCUGGAUUUUACAACGAUUCUGUAAAGCUGCAAGACUCUCAAAUUGGUAUCACAUUUCCAGGCGAAUGUAUGUAUGUACCAAGUGGAUGGUGGCAUGCAGUGAUUAACCUAGAUGAUAGCGUAGCACUCACACAAAACUUCGUACCCGAAGUUAAGCUAGGAAGUGUUCUUCAUUUUUUUAAGAACAGAAACAAGCAGAUCUCAGGAUUUCGCCCUGCCCGUGUGCGCUCCGCCUUGGAAACUGUGUUGGCGGAAAUCCCGCAUAAGGCUGGGUCAGAGAAUUAUGAGGCUAUCAAGCUGUAUUGUGAGAUGUAUGAUGAAAAGAAUAUCAAGACACAAUUGCAGGAUGAAGAUUGUGGAGAGAUUUUGGAGAGCCAGCUUCCGCCAAUGCCGAUCUUUGAGUUGUUCUCCGAGCUCCUCUGUAUCAGUGGCCAACAAGAUUUGUUGGAGGAAGCACUAGUCGAAACUAGAAGAAUGGAAAAGGCUGAUCAAAGAAAUUUGACUGGAAAAAGUGAGGCAUGGACAGAGUUGUCGACGUCAACUGGUGGUUUUUCAUUUGGCUUUGACUUCGAAGAAGAGUAA